GUGUCCAGGCCAAAACUGGGGGGUAAUGACAGUGCGAGCUCUUGAUGGUGUGAGACCGCCCCAGAGCCAGGAAAUGGCUACAGCCUUGGAACCAGAGGACCAGGAUCUUUGGGAAGAAGAGGGAAUUCUGAUGGUGAAACUGGAAGAUGAUUUCACCUGUAGGCCAGAGUCAGUCUUACAGAGGGAUGACCCUGUGCUGGAGACCUCCCACCAGAACUUCCGAAGAUUUCGCUACCAGGAAGCAGCAAGCCCUAGAGAAGCUCUCAUCAGACUCCGAGAACUUUGUCAUCAGUGGCUGAGGCCAGAGAGGCGGACAAAGGAGCAGAUCCUCGAGCUGCUUGUGCUGGAACAAUUUCUUACUGUCCUGCCUGGAGAACUGCAGAGCUGGGUGCGGGGCCAAAGGCCAGAAAGUGGCGAAGAGGCAGUGACGCUGGUGGAGGGUUUGCAGAAACAACCCAGGAGACCAAGGCGGUGGGUGACCGUCCAUGUUCACGGCCAGGAGGUCCUGUCAGAGGAGACAGUACAUCUAGGAGCAGAGCCUGAGUCACCUAGUGAGCUGCAGGAUCCUGCGCAGACCUUGAGCCCUGAGCAGUCCCAUGAGGAAGCCACACAGAGCCCAGAUAUGAGGGCACCAGCAGAACAGAGCCUGUGCCAGGAAGAGGAGCUCCAGCCGCUGCAGGAGAGCGAGCUUCCAAUGCCCCAGGACCCAGACCUUCCUGCAGAGAGGCGCUCUGGAGACCCAGAGAUGGUUGCACUUCUUACUGCUCUAUCACAGGGACUGGUAACUUUCAAGGAUGUGGCCAUAUGCUUCUCCGAGGAUCAGUGGAGUGAUCUGGAUCCAACACAGAAAGAGUUCUAUGGAGAAUAUGUCUUGGAAGAAGACUGUGGAAUUGUGGUCUCUCUGUCAUUUCCAAUCCCUAGACCUGAUGAGAUCUCCCAGGUUAGAGAGGAAGAGCCUUGGGUCCCAGAUAUCCAAGAGCCUCAGGAGACUCAAGAGCCAGAAAUCCUGAGUUUUACUUACACAGGAGAUAGGAGUGAAGAGGAAGAAGAGUGUGUUGAGCAGGAAGAUCCAAGUUUGGAGGAUGUACACAGGUCUAUUUCAGGAGAUCCAGAAAUUCCCCAGACUCCAGAUUGGGAAAUUACCUUUGAGGAUAAUCCAGGUAGACUUAAUGAAAGAAGAUUUGGUACAAAUAUCUCUCAAGUGAAUAGUUUAAUCAAUCUUCGGGAAACCAUGCCUGUUCACACCCUGUUAGGGAGACAUCAUGACUGUCCUGUAUGUGGAAAAAGCUUCACCUGUAACUCCCACCUUGUUAGACACCUGAGAACUCACACAGGAGAGAAGCCCUAUAAAUGUAUGGAGUGUGGGAAAAGUUACACGCGGAGCUCACAUCUUGCCAGGCACCAGAAGGUUCACAAGAUGAGCACUCCUUGUAAAUAUUCUCUAAACCGUAAGAACUUGGAGGAGACCUCCCCUCUGAUCCAGGCUGAGAGAACUCCAUCUGUGAAAACUGUUAAGAAACCCUAUAGAUGUGAUGAUUGUGGAAAACACUUCCGCUGGACUUCAGACCUUGUCAGGCACCAGAGGACACAUACAGGAGAAAAACCCUUUUUCUGUACUAUCUGUGGCAAAAGCUUCAGCCAGAAAUCUGUGCUAACAACACACCAAAGAAUCCACCUUGGAGGCAAACCCUACCUGUGCGGAGAGUGUGGGGAGGACUUCAGUGACCACAGGCGGUAUCUGGCACACCGGAAGACACAUGCAGCUGAGGAGCUCUAUCUCUGCAGCGAGUGCGGGCGGUGCUUCAACCACAGUGCAGCAUUUGCCAAGCACCUGAGAGGACAUGCGUCAGUGAGGCCCUGCCGAUGCAACGAAUGUGGGAAAAGCUUCAGUCGGAGGGACCACCUCGUCAGGCAUCAGAGAACACACACUGGGGAGAAGCCAUUCACGUGCCCUACCUGUGGAAAAAGCUUCAGCAGAGGAUAUCACUUAAUCAGGCAUCAGAGAACCCACUCAGAAAAGACGUCAUAGCUCGGUCCCUGUGUGAAAUCUGCAUUCAGCCCUCAUCUGAAGGAUGUGAGGGGGAGGAAGAGCCCUUGUGUCAGCCUGGGAAGACCUUUUCUAGGGAGUUUCCCUGACCUGCCCAGAUCUUACUUCACCUCUUCCCACAACUAAAUAAGCCCUGGGUGGAACCUCUCAGCCUUCUACACCUUGAGGAGAUGUUUUGCCCAAAGUACAAGCAGAAUUGAGGCUUCUCUUUCACAGGAGUGCUCCUGCCUCUACCUCAUGGGUAUGAAGUAGGAGAACUAGAAGAUUUAAGAGGUUAUGGUCACUGUAUUGUCCAAAAAAUAGGCUGUUACAUAUCUUAAAGACUACAUAACAGCCUCGAGUUCAAAGUGGCCAAGGACAGCCAGCCCCUUAGGUUAGGUAAGGGACCAGCCUGAAGGAUUCUGUCUUUACUGGGCUCAAAUCUUAAAGCACACAGCUCUGAACUCAAGACAGGAGGUUUGUGUCCUGAUGGCUUUGCCACGUACUCACAGGAUAACUGUACAAAUCCGUCGCUGUCUGAUUCACUUCCUACCAUGCACUUUCCUUUGAUGCUGGGGAGAAAUGGGAGAAGUGGGCAAAAACCUCAAGGCUGCUUCAUAUGGACCUUGUCAAGCUCCUCCCUCCCCCUUUGUCAAAAUGAUGUCAGGUGCCAGACACUGCUAGAAAGGAGAGCCUAGUCAGAAGCCUCUUUCCUUGUGGGCUUUUUUUUUUUUUUCCUGUUAAAAUAUUAUGCCUUUUUAGCCUCCUUACUAUUCAGCCAGUCUCUUGGUUUUGUCCCUAGCACUUCUACUACAAGUGAGACAUAGCAUUUGGGUGGUGACAGAUUCAGUAAAGCAUAAUUAAAUCAUGAAAUCAUUUACAUUCCCACAGAAUGUACAAACCCACCCACACACCCCUCCCCAGCCCCUUCACAUGGGCUUUGUGAGUGAGGGGAUUUUGGAACAUCAGCUUACAAGGGCACUAUAAUAAUUACAGAAUCAUGAUUGACUGGGUCACUUCGUUUACAUGAAGAAAACUGAAGAUGAGACUAUGGAAAGAUGAAAAAAAGCUCUUGCUGCUAGCCAAGACCAUCAAGACUAUUCUCCUGACACCCAGUCCCCAUCAUCCCUGCCUCAGUUCUCUGACAUCAUGGAAAAUUAUGAACCCCAGCACCUGGGACCCUGAGGAAUUUACCUGGAGUAAAUGGCUUUCAUGUA